AUGAGCAGCAGCUGCUUAUGCAUCUCCCCCGUGGUCAAUCCUCGCUGCGGCCGCACCGUUACCUCUGGAUUGUGGCUGUCUUCAGGUUUUUUUUUGUGGCUUCUGGUUCAGCAUCUCCUUCUUCUAACUUGUCCAUGUCGCCGCUUCUAGUGAUUUCGUUUUCCUGUGUAAUACUGUAGGGAAUAAGCUUCUGCUUCUCCAGAAGAAGGCGCCACGAUGUGGAGGGGUCGUGGUGGCUGUGUUGCCGGAGGGAAGUAAGGAGAAGAGCCGCUCGGCCUGGGAUGACGAGCCUUUCGAGUUUCUCCCCGGUGGAAAGAUAGCUUACCUUGAUGAGCAGGAUAUCGUGAGUAUACUCGAACCGCCUAAGGAGCUCAUCCCGCUUGACUCUGCUACGUAUAACCCCGCAGCAUACGUUUGGUGAGCAGUUAUCUUUAUGGUUGAUAACUUUUAGUGGAUUAAACAUUUGAUAUAUCGCCCAAGGUGCGGCGAUUUACGUCAUUGCGUGCUGUCUGUGAAUUUUAUUUUUAAUUACAAAAUUAUGUUUGUGUUCCUAAUUUUGUGGGAUAGGGAAGUUUGUUCUGAUACUUAUUAUUUUGAGUUGGGCAUGCGCGUACAAAGGAGUUGGUGUGUAUAGGAUUUUUUUUUUUGGGAUUACAUAACCAAAUAAUUAUCUAGACGGUGGAUACAUCGCAUCUGCUUGAUAGAGUCCUCCCUUGCUUGUGACACGAUUCAAAAAUUACCUUGUAUAUUUUUUUUCUAAGAGUUCAUGUAUAGUUAUAUUUUAGAAUUGAAUACCAAGUUUGACGAUGCUGUAAGCUCUGCAUUUCAUUAUGGAAGCCGUGGAGGAAUGAAAACGUGUCUCACGUCAUCAAAAGAGAUGGAAUGAAGAUUUCAAUUAUAAUGAAAAGUCCCUUCUUCUACGGUGUGUGCCUCUUUGAACAGGCAAAGAAAUAGUUAUAAAUCUCCUCAGUAGUAGGAUCUGAUAAGAGAUCUGCUAACAAAAAAUACCUCCUAAAGACAAAGGAACAGCCAGUCCAAUCGCUGCGUUUUUUGGGAAAAAGGAAAACAUAUUCUUGGCCUUCUGGGCUGCGUUUUUUGGGCCUUAUAUAAUCGCUGCAAUCCUCUUCUACAUCAUAAGCCCUCAUUGAAUCACUCUGAAUAUGGCCUUGCAAAGCCUAAACUGACAUGAAAUUUCAUCAUUCAAACCCUGGCAUUGAAAUUUGUGUCUAUCUAUCCCGCUCUCUUUAUUUGCCCAUUCUAAAUUUUACAAGUUUAUCACAAUGUGUUAUCUCACCAGAUGCAGUUAACUGUAGGAAGAAAAUUGGCGACAUUCCUGAGGAAAGACGGCAUCAUCUGCUGUAUUUGUUGAAACCUAGGUAAUACAUCAUGAAUUCCCUGCGUUCAUAUCUGUUAUUCUCUCUUGAGUUAAUGAUGAACUUUUCUGGUCGUGUGAUAUAUUGACAAAAAAAGUUUACAUCGUUAGUGCUAUUUUGAUGGUUUUUUAUGAUUAGUCACAUUUUUAAUGGUGAGGAUAAUAAAACCUGUUUGCUUGCAAACUAGACUUGUGUCGAGGCUUUGGGCGCUGGUUGGAGCACGCUACCAGGAUGCUAAGCUGAUGAAAAAAGUUUCAUCAGCGUUGAAUUUUAUGGAAGAUACUCAAGCGUCUCAAGAAAUCUGGAACUGCCGGAAAACAUCAGGUCAUUAUACUUGCAUUUGGGUCCGUUAGCAUUCAGAUGAAUUCUUGAUGACACAGUUAGAGAUAUAUGUGUAUAGAUAUCAUAAAAAGAAAACGAAAAUUUGCUAGCUUCUUGAUCUCUCUUUGUAGGUUCUCUUGAAAAAUAAAUUUUGGGAUUUACAGAUCAGCUGCCUUCUUUUCUUGCUUGUGCAUUCCUCUAGAAUGUGCAAUUUCCUGUUUCAAUAGUUGCAAUGAUUUAUUUUAGACUGUUACAGAUACACUGUAACAACAUUGUCUUUGUAUUUGUGACGCUCUUUCUCCGGGUACCUUUUGUUUCGUGGAGAUAGAUUGCCGCACAAUCUUCAAUGAAAUUUGGAUUGUGGCGAUAGAAGUAGCAGAUAAUAUUUCGAUGAUCACCGCAAACAAAGAAAAUAAAUAAAUAAAUAAAUAUGUAUAUAUUAAGAAAAGUAAGUAGAUAAUACGAAAGAAAACCAUUGCAUGAACACAAGCACUUCUCCAAACUGACCUGUCAUUAUUUCCAAGUUAAUUGAGAUCCCUUGUAUGUGACCAGGGUGCUGUUUGGAACUGGAUUUGAGACGAGAAAAACAUAUCUACAGUAGAUAGUUACCUGUAAAUCAUACUUUUCUUAUAUUUUCCAAAACUCUGUUCAUACGCUGGUAUCUGAAAUCGGGCUACUGUUUCAAACUGAAAUCCUUGUCUCAAAUGAUCUUGGGUUACUGGCUCAACACAAAAUCAACAGAAACUGCGGUGGGAUGCCAACCUGAUGUCUGAAUCCCUCUUCCUCCAAUAAUUCUGAAUUUGUGGGAAUUCCAGUAAGCUUGUAUGUUUGCAUUGGGAAUUGAUUCUUUGGAAUGAAAGAGAAAGAAACCUAUUUUAUCCAGUGUUCAUUACUUUAUAUGUCUCUGUCACCGUUUCCCAUGCUCAAACAGUAAACUCUGCUUUGACUUUUUUUUUUGGCCGAAAAAUGUUAACAGGGCCCUUUCCUAUCUCCUGGAUAAACGACUUCAAGAAGGUUUGACUUUCUCUCCUCCACGUUCACCUGCCAAAACUGAGAGUGCAUCCCCCAACCGGCGGACUUCUCUCCUUGCAGGUCAUAUUUCGCGGAAAAGAUGGCAUCAUUUAUGGCCGCUUCUUUCUUGGUAUGUUCUCCCCCAAUUUUCCAUGCUCAUUCUUUUCUGUUUUCUUUGUGUUGCGCCUGAGAAAUGAGGCUAAGGGACCAUUUUUUUUCUAAUAAUAAUAAUACAAUAUAAUAAAAAUAUAUACGAAUGAGUCUAAAUACUAAUAUUAGUAAAUUAGUGUUAAUCUUGAUUUGACUUCCGAAUCUCCUUGCUGUUGGGAUUGAUCAGGCGAUUCGUUCAUUGCCAGCGCUGCAAACUCCUUCAGCCCGCUGUACUUCACAGUGAAGGAAGUCAACGAAGUGAUGCCUACAGAGCAGCCGUGUGAUCUAGCUUACGAGCUUGGAAAUGGGCUCUUGGACCCGACUAAUCUUCCAGAGGGUUUUCCAAGCCCAGGUAUGUCAUAUUUUUAUUUAUUGCCCCCAAAAACAAAUAAAUAAAAAUCAAAUUAUUCCAAAUAAUAAUGUACAGCCACACUCCUCUCUGUGGUGUUUCUCUCUCAUCCCAAUAAUGACAUGGCGAGCUUCUCUCUCCUCUUCCUGCACACAGUGAGACACCGGCAGCCCUUCAAUGACCAGCUGGUCGUCUACGUCCGAAACGUCGGGCCGGGCGUCGUGGUCGGGCAGGCCUGGCGAGAAGGGAGGGAGCUGGAGCAGGUCCCCAAGAAGUUCUGUAGGGAGAUCCUAAUGGUUAAGGAUUACGGGCCGAGUCACAAAGGCCCAUGA